AUGGUCCCGCGUCGUCCCUUCGAGUCUGCGCGUCUCGAUGCUGAGUUGAAGACCGUCGGUGAAUAUGGUCUCCGCAAUAAGAGAGAGGUCUGGAGGGUCCAGCUUACCCUUUCCAAGAUUCGUCGUGCUGCCCGUCAGCUUUUGACUCUUGACGAGAAGGACCCCAAGCGUCUUUUCGAGGGUAACGCCUUGAUUCGCCGUCUGGUCCGUGUUGGUGUCUUGGACGACUCCCGUAUGAAGCUCGAUUACGUCUUGGCUCUCCGUGUCGAGGAUUUCUUGGAACGUCGUCUCCAGACCCAAGUUUACAAGCUCGGACUUGCCAAGUCCAUCCACCACGCCCGUGUCCUUAUCCGCCAGCGUCACAUCCGUGUUGGAAAGCAGAUCGUCAACGUUCCUUCCUUCAUCGUUCGUCUCGACUCCCAAAAGCACAUUGACUUCGCUCUCUCUUCACCCUUCGGUGGCGGGCGCCACGGACGCAACAGGAGAAAGAAGGCCAAGGCCGCCGAGUCCAAGGGUGACGGUGAGGAGGAGGAGGAGGAGGAGUAA